ACACUAGACUGGGGAAACGUAAAUAAAAUUGUGCGCGAUCGACGGUUGUUCAAAAUAAAUAAAUAAUUUACCGUUGUCGGAGUGCGGAGAAAAGUGCACAAGAAAAAUUGCGAAAAAUAAGAAUUGGUCAACUAUAGUCGGCAAAAACAAAGCAGCGGGAAUUGUGAAAUUAAAAAAGAAAAGGGCAAAAAUACACAGUGAUAAAAAUGUUUGCAAUUCCGCGACCCUCGCGGUCAACUCUUCACUGUAGUUUGGCCGCUUUGACCACAGUGCUGCUAAUGGCCUGGGUACGUCCACUUGGUGUAUUAUUUUUGGGACUAUUUAGCUAUUGGUUAUAUUGGACCCGUUGCAAUUUUCGUAUUGUUCCAACACCCGAGUUGAGAAAGAAAUUCGAAUUUUGGCUACAACGUGCCGAAAGUUGGCGACUCAAAUCACCCAGCAUGUUCUGUUUGGCUAGCAGCGGCUGCUUGGCCAGUUUGGCCAUACUGGGACACUUGAUAUCGGGCUCAACAUUGGUGCUAACCAUAUUGCUAUUAUCCGCCUUAAUCUCAACUAAAUACAAUUUCAAAUUGUUGCAAAUCGAGCAGAAGGAUUUCCAAUGGUCAGAGAAAUUGACAUACAAUAAUCUAGAAACUGAAGUCGAAGAUGAAUUCCUGCCCGAUGUAAAUGAAUCGAAUUUAUUUGUCUUGGAACGCGCUAGCGAUGUGGCAACAAUCAGUUCACCCAUCGAAGGUGAUGGCGAUGAUGAUGAUGAUGAUGAACGUAGCGAUGAUAUACCCUCCGAAUUGCUUAUACCCGAUGUUAUACCCGAAAUCGAUGAGCACUCCACAGAUGAGGACGAUGAACUGUCGCCAUUGGCCAAGCAUAAGGCAAAAACGACAACGACGACAAAUUCAUCGGAUAAAUUGAAUAACGAUAAAGCAACUAUGGAUUUUCGUAAAGGACACUUUAAGCGCGAUUCAUCGUUAUCGACCACCUCGUCGUCAUCGUCCUCGGAGGAGUGUCUGUCCAAGGGACUACAAUUUCCAGAUCACACAACCGUCGAUGCGGGUGGAUCGAAAUUGCCACAACUCACCUCUGCCUCCGCCAGCACCACCACCUCCGUUUCCAGCCAUCCCAAUGAGCUGGUUGCCCAGGCUCAGGCUUUAUUGCCCAGUCUGGUUAAUAAUUUGGUGCAAUGGGGAGCAGCCGCUGCAGUCGCUAAUGCGACCUCCUCCUCCUCCGCCACCAGCCAACCAACUAGUGAUGCUCAGGCGGAUGCAGUGAAACGGCGUCUGGUAACUGCCUUGGAUUCAUCCGAUGAAAGUGAUUUUGAGAUACUUGAAACAGAUGAUUUCAAGUAGAAAGGCCAAGACAGUUUUGCUGCAGCCAAGGUGAUUUCCAAGCAGACAUAUAUACAUAUAUAUAUAUACAUAUAUAUAUAUAUAUAUAUAUACACAC